AUGAGAGGAGGGUUUUCGAGUUUGUUUGUUGGUUUAGUGGUGGUGGUUUUGGUGGUGGAAAGUGGUGUUGUUUAUGGUGAUUUGAAGGAUGAGAAGUUUUUGCCUAGGGGCCCUCUUUUGGGGAGGAGGAUUGGAAGGUUGAAGCAUGGAAUCGGUGGGGGGUUAGGUGUUGGUAUUGGCGUUGGCGUUGGAGUUGGCGUUGGUGGUGGUGGUGGUGGUGGGAUAGGUCAUGGUGGAGGUUUAGGAGGUGGGCUUGGCGGAGGUGGUGGUUUAGGAGGUGGUGCGGGUGGAGGAGGGGGUUUGGGAGGUGGCGCUGGCGGCGGAUUAGGGCAUGGGGGAGGUCUUGGGGGUGGCGUUGGGCAUGGUGGGGGUUUAGGAGGAGGUGGCGGACUUGGAGGUGGUGCAGGCGGAGGAGGGGGUUUGGGAGGAGGUGCCGGAGUUGGAGGUGGUGCAGGUGGAGGUGGAGGACUUGGUGGUGGUGCUGGUGGAGGAGGGGGUUUGGGAGGAGGUGCUGGAGUUGGAGGUGGUGCAGGAGGAGGACUUGGUGGUGGUGCAGGUGGAGGAGGGGGUUUGGGAGGUGGCAUUGGGCAUGGUGGGGGUCUAGGAGGAGGAGCUGGAGGAGGUGGAGGCGGAUUAGGAGGGGGUGGCGGCUUAGGGGGUGGUGGUGGUAUUGGUGGAGGUGGAGCUUUUGGAGGUGGGGGAGGAGGAGGUUUUGGUGGAGGUGGUGGUCUUGGAGGCGGCGGUGGCUUUGGUGGUGGCGCGGGGUUCGGAGGUGGCGGAGGCCACUAA